UUCCCGUGUUCCACUUACCCCAAAACGUUAUAAUCGUAAAUCCAAGUGGAAUGGCUCAUGAAGCAUUUUGAGCGUUGAAAUAAAUAUUAACCAAACAGAAAAAAUAAAACGAAAGCUUGAAGAGGUUAUGUUAUUAUUUGUACUUUAAUUUCGUCUUUAAUUAGCAAUGAUAUAAAGCUGUAAUAAAAUAAUUCACAUGGAGGGUAUUCUAUGGAAAUGGACUAAUUAUUGGAAUGGAUGGCAGACCAGAUGGUUUGUAUUAGAGAACGGAGUAUUAUCAUAUUAUAAAUCACAAGAUGAGGUUAAUCAGGGCUUUAAAGGCUCACUAAAAGUUCAAGCUUGUGAAAUAAAUGUAAGUCCUUUGGAUAAUACUAGAAUGGAUCUUGUAAUUCCUGGAGAACAACACCUUUAUCUCCGGGCAUCUACUUCCCAAGAAAGACAGCAGUGGUUAGUAGCUUUAGGAACAGCAAAAGCAUGUGUCCAAAGUAAUGGAAAAAACAUAGAUCCUAAUCCUGAUACUCUUAAAUCAAAGAAAUCAGAAUUGAGGUUGUAUUGUGAUUUGUUGAUGCAACAAGUACAUGUUAUAAAAUCAUCAGCACAACAUGAAAAUGGUCCUGAUACAGAGAAAAUGGACGAAGCUACUAGAUUUUUAGGUGCCACUUGUGAUACUUUUAUUAAGACUCUCGAGGAAUGUAUGAACCUCUCAAAUGUAGAUGCUAAAAGUUCAUUGACUCCCGUUAAUGAUAUACCUUUUCCGUUGCCAAAUUCAAUUCCAUCCAAUAGAAAGAAAUAUUCGCUGAAGACCACACCUCAAGACUUAUAGAUUUAAUUUGUUGUAUUUUGUCGUUGUACAUUUAAUCUGAAUAGUUUUUAUAUUUAUACAAUAUUUGAUUUGAAUUGCCUUUUGUGUAAUUCAAGUAGUUAUUUAUUAUUUAAAAAAUUUAUUAGAAUAUCAAUAUAAUCGUACUUAGAAAAGAUAAUUAAUUUUUACAUUACACGGUGUGUGUACAUAUUAAAGUUAUUAGUUUACAGAAUUUGUUAAUAUAUUGAAGUUAAUUUGUGUUAUUUAUUUUCAUAUUGAUAUCGCCAAAUUUAAAUAAUACACAGUUACCACCGUGUUAUCAGCUUUUAAAAAUGAUAAGUUUUUUAAUAUAUACAAAAUAUUGACUAAAUUUUAGAUGAAUAUCAUUUAUUUAUAUGUAAAAAAUACAAAGUUAGUAGUAAAAAUUGGAAAAUCCAAUAGUUCGCUUUUUUAUAAAAAAAAAUCUAAAAAUAAUUCAUUUUUUAUAUUUCAUGUUUAUAAAUUGUUAUUAUAUAUUUAUUUCCAGGUUUAUUGUUAUGAAUUUUUCAAUAAAUUUAUUAUAUCUUCAAUAAAAUCGUUUUUGUUCAUCACUUGGUCUCUCAAACUUUGUACUUUUUGGUGUGAAUUGGUACUGAAACUUGCCUUUUUCGACUUUUUUACUAUUUUCCUUAACUUCAAAUAUUCAUAUUACUAAUUUAGUUUCUCCUUUUCUUUUACUGAACAUAUUCACUAUAUUUGAUUCGUAUUUUGAUGAACAAAUUGACCAAUAAGUUGGAAUAUCUGGAACCAUUGGUGCUAGUCACACUGUUUACACUACCACUACACCAUCACUCACAAUUACACAAUAUGACGCGCGUUUCGAUAACCAAGUUAUCAUCUU